AUGAAGGUCUUUGCCUCUGACUACACCUUCAACUACUCGUGGGAUGAAGUGUCCACUGCCAACUGGCGGAAAUAUUGCCCCUGGAAUGAUAAAUCGACACAUGUAAAGGCUGUUGAUACCCUUUCCAGGGCAAUAGAACCUUCCACAGGCAUCUUACGCACUGAGCGUCUUAUAACCUGCCAGCAGUCCGUUCCACAAUGGGUCUUAUCUCUCCUCGGAGGUAGCCCUGUGUCAUAUGUCUACGAGGUUUCAUACGUCGACCCGAUUACCAAAAAAGUGACCAUGUGCUCGACCAAUCUGACGUGGUCCAACGUUCUUAAUGUUCGGGAGACAGUAGUCUAUCAGCCCUCACGGUCAACGCCGGAUCAGCAAACCGAAUUUCAACAAGAAGCCACAAUCACCGCACUAUGCACUGGCUGGCAAAAGAUCAAGAAUAAAGUUGAAGAAGCCAGCAUCGAGAGAUUUAGUCAAAACGCCAAACGAGGACGUGAAGGGUUUGAGGCUGUUCUCGAAAUGAGCCGACGCGUGUUUGGUGAACAGAAAGAGCUCGAGAAGAAAAUGCAAUCGUCUUAA